AUGACAACUCCAGCCCUGAAGAUUGGCCAACAUGUAAAAUCCACUGGUAAAGAUCCUUACCAUGGCAUCCUACGAUAUAUCGGUCCGAUCGAAGGUGGUCCCGCGGGCACAUACUGCGGUAUCGAACUACCAGAGGCCACAGGCAAGAACGAUGGCAGUGCAAAAGGUCGCCGCUACUUCCAAUGUUCGCCCAAUCAUGGCGUCUUUGUGAAGAAAGACGUGGUAGUGCCAACCGCAGCGACAAAGCCCACAGCGAAGCGUGUAUCUACUAUAGCCCCUAGCCCGUCUGUCUCGAGGACAGCCCCAGCAACUGUCGCUUCAAGAAGGACCAGCAAUGUGCCAGCUUCGAGACCCUCGUCCAUCCGGCAAUCUAUAUCUAAUGUUGCACCUGUGCAAAAAUUGACUGCUUCACGACCAUCAUCUCAAGUUAUCCUCCGAGAGUCCAUUCCGUCGAGAGCCGGUCGAUCGAGUGUUCCAGGUACACCACGAGUCUUGUCACCUGAGAAGCAGAUCCUGAAUGAUAUACCACAAGAAGAAUCUGGGACUGGAGAGGAGGAUAACACAGAUGGGCAUGAGAGCGAAGGCGACCAGCAACACGAGGAAGACAAUGGAAGCCAUGUUCCUGAAGCAACACCUAUGGCGCCGCCUCCCAGGAACGAGCCAGCAGUGCCAUCUGCAUCGACCCGAACCUCUACCGGACAAUCUAGCAUGGUGGCUCUGCAGGCUUCUCGAGAAAUUGAACAGCUUAAAGUGAAGUUACGAGCCAUGGAGAAGAAGAGAAUGGAAGAUCGUGAUACAAUCAAGCAGGUUGAGACUCUGAAGAGCGAGAAUGACCGCAUGAAGACCAUAAUUCAAGGACUAUCCACGAAGGUCAAGGAGGUGAACCAGGACAAACAGGCUGCACUGCUUCGAGCUCAGGAGCUUGAGCGAGCGAAAGAAGCAGAGCCCGAAGGAUCUGCUGAGUUGGAAAGUAUGCUCGAAAUGGCCACUUUAGACAAAGAGACGGCGGAGGAGAAGGCAGAUGCCCUAGAAGAGGAGUUGAAGUCCUUAAGGGCGAAACUAGAGGAGUCGGAGCUUGAGGCAGAGAUCUUGAGAGAAGAGAAUAAGGAGCUGGCUUCCACCAUGACCGAGGAAGAAAAGGCUGGAUCUGGAUGGCUUCAUCUUGAGCGUGAGCGCGAUCGAUUGAAAGCUGCUUUGCUCAUGCUGCGCGAUCACAAGAAUGAGAUAGAAGCAGAUUACAAGGAAGAGAUUCAUCACCUACAGGAGACGUUGAAUGAAACUGAGGAAGAUGCGGCCAAGUACGUCGAGACGGCUGAACAGCUACAACGUGUACAGGACACCAACGAACACCUAAGAGAACAACUUGAAGCAGCAGAAAACCAGGAAGAAGUCAUUUCAACCAUGAUGCAGGAAAGAGAUCGACAUCUAGCACAGAUAGAAGACUUACGGGUCACCCUUUCUGAAUUAGAGGAGCUGGCUCAAACGAACGAGGAUCUGGAGAAGUUCUACCUAGACACAGAAAAGGGACUGCUCUCUAAGAUUGACGAACAAGAGGCCGAGGUCAACGAGCGAACUCGUCAAGUCAAUGACAGAGAUCAGGCUAUCGAAGAUCUGGAAUUUACGCUGAGCAAGUUUCGGACCAUCACGCAAGGCUUGCAAAGCGAUAUUGACGACGCGCGACGAACACGAGAGAUUUCAGCUGCUCAGGCUCAGGAGAUGAAUUCGAGGUCUAAGGCCAUAAUGGAGUUGAAUGUGCGUCUGCAAAACAGUGCCUCGAAAUCUACUACAAAAGCUAUUGAGCUCGAGCUAGUUAAAGCCCAAGCAUUAUCAUCAAAAUCACACGUCGAUAUUCUAUCUCUAUUCCUGCCAGACAGUUUUGACACUCUGAGAAAUCCGAUUUUAGCAAUGCUUACGUUCUCACAAUUGAGAACUAAAGCUGGUAUAGUUGCAAAUAUGCUCGGGGAAAAAUUGCGUGACAGGGCCAGUGUAAUGUCUGGCGAGGAGAUUCUGCUGGGUCAUAGAAUUGUCGAAUCCAUGCAGUCUAUCCAUAUGACAGCUGAUCGUUUCGAAAGGUUCAUGUCGGUAUGCUCGUCUGACGAAUUUGCAGCUUUUAGCAACGCAGGACAAGAGGUUGAGCCGGUGGAACGAGCUGUCACCAAUUGGCUCGAAUCGCUGAAGAACGAUGAGCUGGGUGCAGAUGGUCCAGAUAACCUAAAACGUAUGGAGAGUAUCCUGAGUGAUCUAGCGGACAAGCUGCUUGUUUCAAGUCCAGAAACGGAGGCUAUGCAUUUACUUGCUGAGUCACGAAUGGUUUCCAGCUACGUCGAGGUGGCAGCCUCGAUAUCUGACUGGCUAGCAAAAAUUAUCAGAUUGAGACUUGGCGAUCCCAAUGACGAAGAUCCAGAAUCUAUUGACCUUGAUCGGAAGUUUGAUCGGAUCAGCAGAUUGGCAAGGACGAUAAGGACCGUUGCUAACAGACUUGUCGGCGAGCUCGAAAAGAUGAGGCUGAAGCAUAUUUGUCUGGAUGAGACUGCUUGGCCGCUCUUUGCUGAUAUUGAGCAUGAAGCAUCAGGAAUCAACAACAACCUACGACAGUUGUCUCAAGUUGUCCUUGCAUACCUUAAUCAGGUCGAGGACGAAGACGACUUAUCCUAUACUGCCCUAUCAAACACCUUCACCCACGAUGACAAUGAUAUGCUCUCCACAAUACUAGAUGACUUGAAGACUUUGCAUGAGCAAACUGAACAUUUAUUGAACAGGACAAACGACGUUGCGAAGGCACUUUCAUUUGAGCCAGGACCAGCACCAUGGGUACUUCGUGCUAAAGAAAUUAAGGCCCAACGACUCAUCUCCACCGAUGUGCAUGAAGAGCUUACUCAAUCACAUCGUAAGAAUCAGGAACUGUCCGCUAUCCUAGCGGACAGGGAACGGACUAUCGAGGAGACGGCUAUCCGAGCAGAGCUGGCAGAGAAGCGUGUCCGAGAAAACAAGGCAAGAGAGGUACAUGACAAAGCACUCAAGGAAGAAUCCGAGAAGCUCAAGACAGAGUUGGCUGAACUCGAAGCUGAGCUCUCGAACUCGAGAAGUGAACUCAUAGCGUUACAAGAACAAACCCAGAAAGACAAGGAAGAACUUGCGAAGUUGCAAGCACAGCCUGCAGAGAACGUUGCUAAAGGUACAUCCGCGCCACCUAGUGCUCGAUCGCUCGACCCUGCCACCAGCAACUAUCUGUCCAUCCACAAUCAGACUCUUCUAGCCGAAAUAGCCACACUUCAAGCCAGCAUCCGUCAUCUCAAAUGGGAGAAUCGCGAGCUUAGUAUUCCAGUGUCGGAGGUUAAAUUCACAGCUGCCAACCAAGCAUGGCUGGACCCUCGCCACCUCAAACCAUCGAAGACGAAGACCAACGCCAAACUUCAGACGCACGCUGAACGCAGUGAUACACUAGAUUCUUUGCUAGCAAUAUCAAAGAGCAUGCACAUGAGACCAGUUAAGUUGAAGAAUACCUUGCGCAAAGAGGAUAAGUGGAGGAGUGUGAAGGAGACCACAAGGUGGCAAGUGCUGAGGCAGAAGGAGGAGUUUGAGGCUUGGGAUGGUGCAAAGGAGGUUGGUGCUGAUGGUUUCGUGAUUAGACUUUAG